UUAAUACCUAUAUAUUUUGCGGAAUAUGUUCAUAUGUUUCACAACAAUAAAACAUUUAGAAAUUGUAGCAAUGAUGAAAAUCAAAGUUUUUAUUUUGUGUUUCCUCUGUGCAUUGUUUAUUUUCUCUGUUGUGGCAACUGAGACAUUUAAAGAUGAUCGUGCAAAAGAAUUAAGGAAAAGUGUUUGGAAGGGCAGCAAAGGUGGAAGUAUCAUGCCACUAUCAACUAAGCUUGAUGGUAGGCGAAGACACGUAUUUGAUCAGCCUACUGAUCCACAAAAGCCUGAAGAUGGUGAGAGAAAUAAAACAAGGGACGAAAGAAUGAAGGAAAAGUUAGAAAAGCAGAGGGAAAGGGAAAUGAAAAGGAAAAAUGAGGGGAAAGAGAAACAAUAGGCCAAUUCUAUCUCAUGCUUAUGCAUUAACUAAUGUUGUAAAAGAAAUAUAUAAAAUACAAACAUAAACAAUAAUCAUUGCGUGAAUGAGUAAUGAUAAGAUUGAUGUUGUAUACCGUUCAAAAAAUAAUAAUAUUUUAUAUACCAUGUAUGAUUGUGUAGGCAAA